AGACGAUUGCCAAGCGGUAUCAUCUCCCGUCGAUUCUAAGAUGAAAUUCAAAUCCAUAGUAUUUCUUCUGAUAGUUAAGUGGAUCGAUGGAGUUACUUGUUACACUGUUAUUCGAAAUAAUCGAGAGUCAUCGACAGUUUGCAAGACUAAGGAAUGCAAAGCGCUCGGGAAUAUGAUCGGGGCGGGAAUGAAUAAAUCAGUGAACCCUUGUGAUGAUUUCUGGGAAUAUACCUGCGGAAAUUGGAUCUCUCGAAGUUCUAUUCCACCCGGCGAGGCCGUAUGGAAUCGAUUUGUGUUGCUUUUCAAGCAAGCGAAGGAGAAAACACGUGAGAUUUUGGAUAGUGCUCCCAAAUCCGCAGACUACGAAAUGUUGAAUAAAGCGAGGAGAUGGUACAGCUCGUGCAUGAAUACAGGUCAGAGAGAAGCAGUUGGGAUCAAACAACUAUGGACUAUUAUGGGGAAUAUUGGUGGUUGGCCGAUAACAAUGACGGACCGUGAAUGGGCAGCGAGGAAUGUCUCGUGGCAGAAUGUCGAUCUUUAUUACGGUGGGUUAAUCGGCCGGCAUGCAUUUUAUUUGAUAGAGAGCGGAAAGAAUUAUGCGGAUCUACUGCGGUAUAAAAUUAUGGUCACGAAAGCACCUCUUCCAUUAGCCUAUAAAUUGCCAAUUCUGCGAAAGAAGUUCGACGAGAGGGACCGAGAUGCAUACAUCAAACUCAUAAAAAAUGUUGCCCAGACUUUUAUCGACGCGAAAGGUUCUAGAAUAAAUGCCGCCAGAAUCUCCAAGGACGUAAACGACAUGGUCAACUUCGAAGUCAAGCUGAGCAAAAUCCCAUUAGGAAGAUUAUUCCAAUAUCCCACCGUGGAAUACGUUACGUCCCACUAUCACUAUUAUUUUGGAUCGAGCGAAACAGCCAAGGUCAACAUAACUGAUUAUAUCCAACAAAUCUACAAUUUCGGAAAUCUGACGAUACCAUCCACUGAAGUCAUCAACGUAUACUACGAUUACAUGAACGAGUUGGGGACACUUUUGAAGGACACACCAAUGCGCACUAUUGUGAAUUAUGUGCAUUGGCAUUUUGCAAGCGAUCUCAUCGAUGCCACUAAUCACAGGAUGAAUAAUUUUCUGGUGGAAUUCAAAAGGGAUACGUAUGGCGUCAGAGGCAACAGACCUGUGUGGGAGGAGUGCGUUGGAGCGAUGCAUCUGCAUCAUGCUGUUGGUCCAGAGUUUGUAAAAAAGUAUUUCACUGAUCGAGACAAGGACACGGCAAUGAGAAUGAUUACGUCUCUGAAAUCAACACUGGAGCAGGAAAUUCGGAAAGCCAACUGGAUAGAUGAUUACACCAAAAACAUCAUCAUCAGGAAAUUAAAGAAUAUUCUUGCCUUGAUAGGCUAUCCAGAUUGGUACGAUGAUAGGGAAUUCAUGACGACAGCCUACUGGGACCUGUCGAUAACUUCGAAUUAUCUAGACAACAUUAUCAGCUGGGCGAAAUUCAUAGCAGGGAACAAAGCCAGAUUACUGAGGAGCAAGGACACACGGACCCUGUGGUACGGGGAUCCCGUAACCGUCAAUGCAUUCUAUCGGAUUUUUCUGAACAAUAUCAAUUUGCCGGCGGCAACGUUCCAACUCCCGUUUUUCUCGCCGGUCCUCCCAGAUGUUGUGAAUUAUGCUGUGCUCGGAUCCAUCGCCGGCCACGAAAUUUCGCAUGCAUUCGAUCCCCUAGGUAUUCAGUAUGAUGAAAACGGUAGAUUCCGGAGAUUGGGAUCAAAUUUUAUGGGAAGUUAUAUUGAAAAUGCAGGAUGCUUUGACGAUCAGUAUAAAAAGUAUGGGCGGAACAACAGGAUAGGUGUAACGACACUCCACGAAAACAUAGCUGACAAUCAAGGAGCUCGAGUAUCCUUCGAGGCAUACGAAUCGCGCACCCCGAAAAGAGGAUCCCCCGAACCUAAAUUACCAGGACUCGAGGACUACUCAACCGAGCAAGCAUUCUUCAUCCUCUUUUCCAGCUUAUGGUGCAGCAAAGCUACCCCAGAAUUCAUGAGGAAAAAAGCAACGGAUGAGGAGGAUCAUCACAGUCUGCACCGUUUGCGGGUCAUUGGUACCCUAUCAAACAUGGAAGAUUUUGCAAAAGCCUUUAACUGUCCAAAAGGAUCUCCCAUGAAUCCCCAGAACAAAUGCAAUCUCUGGACGAGAAAAGCACGAACGAAUCAAGAUUUAACAAGAUGGAUGUGGGGCCAUUCCGCCUGAUUAAGACGAAUGAUAACACUAAACUGCAUUCUAUUUACAUUUUUUCUUCAUCCCUUGAGUUUUGAAAAUAGGCCACUUAUUGUAAAUCACGUCACUGCCGCUUUCCAGUGCCAAAACGAAAUGGAAGAAGCCAUUUCAGAACACAUGAAUGUAACUAUCGCAAGAAAAAUUAUAUCUCUCAGUCACGAAUGGACUUAUCUGUAUUGCACCGGGGUAAAUGAAAAUUCCAAGUUUUACCUGGUUCUACAGGCAUUACUCUCCAUCACGCGUAUUGAAUGCUCUCU